AUGUCUUACGGCGGCGGAUACGGUGGCGGUGGUCGCGGCGGCGGCGGCGGCGGCUACGGAGGUGGUGGUGGUUACGGCGGUGGUCGCGAUCGCAACGACAGAGGCGGUCGCGAUGGCGGCUACGGCGGCGGUGGUUACAACGGUGACAGCAACGGCUACGGUGGUGGCGGUGGUGGUUACGGCGGUGGCGGCGGUGACCGCAUGAACAACCUCGGAGCCGGCCUUCGCACCCAAGAAUGGGAUCUCAACACGAUGCCCAAGUUCGAGAAGUCUUUCUACAAGGAGCACGAGGAGGUCGCCAACCGCAGCCCCGCUGAGGUCGAGUCCUUCCGUCGCAAGCACCAGAUCGCCAUCGCUGGCAACGAUGUCCCCAAGCCCGUCGAGACCUUCGACGAGGCUGGAUUCCCCAGAUAUGUCAUGGACGAGGUCAAGGCCCAGGGUUUCCCUGCGCCCACUGCCAUUCAGUCCCAGGGCUGGCCUAUGGCUCUUUCCGGUCGUGACGUGGUCGGUAUUGCCGAGACGGGCUCCGGAAAGACCCUUACCUACUGCCUGCCCGCUAUCGUUCACAUCAACGCCCAGCCUCUGCUGGCCCCCGGCGAUGGUCCCAUCGUCCUGAUCCUCGCCCCCACCCGUGAGCUCGCGGUCCAGAUCCAGCAGGAGAUUUCCAAGUUCGGCAAGUCUUCCCGCAUUCGCAACACCUGCGUCUACGGCGGUGUCCCCAAGGGCCCUCAGAUCCGCGACCUCUCCCGCGGUGUCGAGGUUUGCAUCGCGACCCCCGGACGUCUCAUCGACAUGCUCGAGGCUGGCAAGACCAACCUGCGUAGAGUCACUUACCUGGUUCUCGACGAGGCUGAUCGCAUGUUGGACAUGGGUUUCGAGCCCCAAAUUCGCAAGAUUAUCGGCCAGAUUCGCCCCGACCGUCAGACUCUCAUGUGGUCCGCCACUUGGCCCAAGGAGGUCCGCGCCCUUGCGUCUGACUUCCUUACCGACUUCAUCCAGGUCAACAUCGGCUCUAUGGAGCUGGCUGCCAACCACCGCAUCACCCAGGUCGUUGAGGUUGUCAACGAGAGCGAGAAGCGUGACCGCAUGAUCAAGCACCUCGAGAAGAUGAUGGACAACAAGGAGAACAAGGUUCUCAUCUUCGUUGGCACCAAGCGUGUUGCCGACGAGAUCACCCGCUUCCUUCGCCAGGACGGAUGGCCCGCGCUUUCCAUCCACGGUGACAAGCAGCAGAACGAGCGUGAUUGGGUCUUGGACCAGUUCAAGACGGGCAAGAGCCCUAUCAUGGUCGCUACCGACGUCGCGUCGCGUGGUAUUGAUGUUCGUAACAUUACUCACGUGCUGAACUACGACUACCCCAACAACUCGGAGGACUACAUCCACCGUAUCGGCCGUACCGGUCGUGCUGGUGCCUUGGGUACCGCCGUUACCUUCUUCACCACUGACAACUCCAAGCAGGCUCGUGACCUUGUCAACGUCCUCAGGGAAGCCAAGCAGGAGAUUGAUCCUCGUCUCGCUGAGAUGACCCGCUACGGCGGCGGUGGUGGUGGUGGUCGCUAUGGCGGCUGGGGCCGUGGCCGUGGUGGUGGCCGUGGCGGCGGUGGUGGCCGAGGUGCCCGACGCUGGUAA